GACUCCUCCAUUCUCUCUUUCGCUCUCUCUUUGUUCACCUGGUUCUUUUUUCUCCUCUCAGACCAGGUUGGUUACCCUCCCUUCGACUCUCUCUCUCUCUCUCUCUCUCUCCCAAAACAAUACAAAUACAAGCGCUAAACAGUGUAAAAUUCUCCACUUGAGAGGAGGAGUUGGGAGGGGUAAAUUCCGGAAAGGAGAAAAAUGAACGGUGGAGAUUUGACGAGUCAACAACAGCAGCAUCCGCAUCAGCAUCAGCAGCAGCAACAGCAGCAGCAGCAUCAUCAGCAGUGGAUGGCGAUGCAGCAGCAAUGGAUGUCCAUGCACAUGCAGUAUCCGGCUGCUGCUAUGGUGAUGCAGCAGCAAAUGAUGUAUGACCGGCAAUACGUGCCGGCGGCGGCUUACUAUCAUCACCAACUCUAUCAACAGCAGCACCAACUCUAUCAACAACAGCCGCAGCACAAGCAGCAGAGUCAGAUUCAAAAUUCCAGCGAAGAGAACCGCACGAUCUGGAUUGGCGAUCUCCAGCAGUGGAUGGAUGAAGCUUAUCUUCAGUCUUGCUUCUCUCAGGCCUCGGAGGUUGUUUCUGUCAAAGUCAUUCGCAAUAAGCAGACUGGUCAGUCAGAGCGAUAUGGAUUUGUGGAAUUUAGUUCUCAUGCAGCAGCUGACAAAGUCCUUCAGAGCUACAAUGGCUCACCAAUGCCAAAUACAGAACAAGUCUUCCACCUUAACUGGGCAGCCUUUAGCAUGGGUAAUAGGCGCCAAGAAGCUGGUGCUGUUGAUCUGUCAAUAUUUGUUGGAGAUUUGGCUGCUGAUGUUACUGAUUCGUUAUUGCAUGAAACUUUUGCCAGUAGAUUUCCAUCUGUAAAAGGUGCAAAAGUAGUAGUUGAUCCGAACACUGGCCGCUCAAAGGGUUAUGGCUUUGUUCGGUUUGCAGAUGAGAAAGAAAGAACUCAGGCAAUGACUGAAAUGAAUGGUGCAUAUUGUUCUAGUAGGCCAAUGAGGAUUGGUGUUGCUACCCCCAAGAAGGCGUCACCGCAGCAACAGUAUUCUUCCCAAGCGGUAGUAUUGGCUGGAGGAUAUCCAUCAAAUGGUGUUGUGCCACAAGGUUCGCAGUCUGACAGUGAUUCGUCAAAUACAACAAUUUUUGUGGGAGGACUUGAUUCUGAUGUAACUGAUGAAGAAUUGAGAGAGUCCUUCAGUCAGUUUGGUGAAGUAGUUUCAGUGAAAAUACCUUCAGGAAAAGGAUGCGGUUUUGUACAAUUCUCUAAUAGAAGCAAUGCUGAAGAUGCAAUGCAGAGACUGAAUGGAGCUGCUAUUGGCAAACAGAUGGUGCGUCUAUCUUGGGGUCGGAAUCCUGUAAACAAGCAGUUGAGAAUGGACUCUAGCUACCAAUUGAACGGCAGUAAUUAUGGAAGGCAAGGUCAAAAUGGUUACGGGUAUCCCAUGCCGCAGUAUGCAGCUGCUGCAAAUGGUGCGGCUUCAAAUGGUCAUGGGGGCUACCAGCAGCCUGUCAACUGAACUUCGCUGUGUGCCAUGCCAAUAGUCAUAAAGACUUACAAUUUAGGGGGAAUUUGCUAUCUUAAAGAUUACAUCUGUAAUACGUUGAAUUUUGUAGCUGAUUUGAUUUUACUUUUUAUAGACAUCCCAGAUUUUGUCUAAGAAAAUCUGAUCAAGGAGGCUUAGGAGGCCGGCACGAUGGUUGCGUUGGCCAAAACCAGCUUUUAUUUUUUACAGUAGAUGAGUGCUAGUAAACAAAUGAACUUUUAUUUAAUCUGAAAGAUAGAUCCAUGUGAGAUUUAUAAAUAACUAGCAGGCCAGCUCCUUUUAGCUUUGCUGCAGGUGUUACCUCAAUCUGCCAUGGAAGUAAUGGCUUAAUAGAAAGGUGAGGGGCUGGAAUGCUAUAAUUCCGGAAGA